AUGAGCCUAAAAGGCGCAUCCUUGGGCAAUAGAGCCAUCCAGAAGAUCAGGAGAGUCUUUGCUAGGUUUGGUGUUCGUGGCCGUAUGUUAGAUGUUGUGGAACAGACGCUUCAUGAUGUCCUUGACAAAGAGCCUCCAUCUCCUGAUACCUGGCCGGAUGGGUUACCGCUGCAGUUCCCGAUCCCAAGUCCGUGGGGCCCGUCGGUGUUCUUCAUACCACAAACGAGAAUCACCCUCGCCAAGCGACCGAAGACACUCAUCUGA